AUGUGCUCAGCCUUUCAACUCAUGUAGGACAGUUGCAGUAGAGCAAAUAAAAGUGAGGUAAGAAAAAGGAUAGAACUCUCUGCACUUUUAAAGGUUCAAAAGGUAAAUAUAUAUAUAUACAUGGCUAUGGAAGAAGGAGUUGACGAUUAUACCAAAGAUGGAACUGUGGAUCUCAAGGGAAACCCUGUCCUUAGAUCCAAGAGAGGUGGAUGGAGGGCUUGCUCUUAUGUUGUUGUGUAUGAGGUAUUCGAGAGGAUGGCAUAUUACGGGAUAUCAAGCAAUCUGGUUCUGUAUUUGACAAAAAAGCUGCACGAGGGUACAGUGAAAUCCGCCAAUAAUGUCACUAAUUGGGUGGGCACCAUUUGGAUGACUCCAAUUUUGGGUGCAUAUGUUGCUGAUGCUCAUCUCGGCCGCUACUGGACUUUUGUCAUCGCUUCCUUUAUUUAUCUUUCGGGGAUGUGUGUACUAACACUAUCAGUGUCACUUCAACCGCUAAGACCACCACCCUGUAAGGAUACCAAUGUUGAGAACUGCCAGAAGGCAUCAGCACUACAAUUAGCAGUGUUUUUUGGUGCCCUUUACACGCUAGCCGUAGGGACUGGAGGAACCAAGCCCAACAUCUCGACUAUUGGUGCCGAUCAAUUCGAUGAUUUCCACCCUAAAGAGAAGGGUCAAAAGCUAUCCUUCUUCAACUGGUGGAUGUUCAGCAUUUUCUUUGGAACACUCUUUGCUAACACUGUACUUGUUUACAUUCAAGAUAAUGUUGGGUGGACGUUAGGCUAUGGACUUCCAACUCUUGGGCUUCUGAUAUCUGUUGCUAUAUUCUUGGCUGGCACACCAUAUUACAGGCAUAGGAAGCCUACAGGUAGCCCAUUCACAAGGAUGGCUAGGGUCAUAGUUGCUGCACUAAGAAAAUGGAAGGUGACAAUUCCUAAUGACCCUAAAGAACUGUAUGAGCAUGACUUGGAAGAGUAUGCAACGAAGGGAAAGUUUAGGAUUGAUUCCACUCCUACCCUGAGGUUUCUGAAUAAAGCUGCUGUGAAAACAGGUUCAAAUGAUCCAUGGAUGCUUUGCACAGUUACUCAAGUAGAGGAAACUAAACAAAUGUUAAGAAUGAUACCGAUCUUGAUUACCACUUUUGUUCCAAGUACAAUGAUUGCCCAGAUCAAUACCCUUUUCGUGAAGCAAGGCACUACCCUUGAUAGGCAUAUUGGCAGCUUCAAAAUCCCCCCAGCAAGUUUAGCUGGAUUUGUGACCUUAGCGAUGCUUAUUUCUGUAGUCCUUUAUGACCGAUACUUCGUCAGAAUUAUGCGAAGGUGGACCAAUAAUCCUAGAGGAAUCACUCUUCUUCAGAGGAUGGGAAUAGGCAUGUGUUUCCACAUCAUAAUCAUGGUUACAGCUUCCCUCAUUGAAAGGCAGAGACUCAGUGUGGCUAAAAAACAUGGCUUGGUUGAAAGUGGAGGACAAAUCCCUUUAACAAUUUUCAUUUUACUCCCUCAAUUUGUGCUUAUGGGAAUGGCUGAUGCAUUUUUAGAGGUGGCCAAGCUUGAGUUCUUCUAUGAUCAGGCACCUGAAAGCAUGAAGAGCCUUGGAACUUCUUAUUCAACUACUAGUCUUGGAGUUGGAAACUUCCUCAGCAGUUUCCUUCUUUCGACAGUUGCUCGUAUCACCAAGAAUCAUGGUCACCACCGUGGAUGGAUUUUGAAUAACUUAAAUGCUUCUCAUUUGGACUACUAUUAUGCAUUCUUUGCGAUAUUGAACUUCUUGAAUCUCAUUUUCUUCUUCGUUGUGAUUAAGUUCUACGUGUAUAAAGCUGAAGUUUCAGAUUCAAUGGAAGUACUAGCCGAAGAAUUGAAGGGGAUGAGAUUGAAGGCACCGAGCCAGGAAGUGCUUAAUGGGACCUCAUAGCUUUGGAAGGAAAGCCUCAUUAUCUCUGCCGAAGUUAGAGGCCGCCUUGGCCUCGAUGCUGGCACAGUAUUAAACAUCGAAGUCGGGCUAUAUCCUCCACUCUGAUGUGAUGGCGCAUUUGGAGACCCUGGAGCUGAGCCCCCACUGCCUCCUCCACCCCCACCACCAAUAGCCACACUAGACAUCCUCCUGGACGGCGACCUUUUCAGCAUCUUUAGCCCUAGCGCCCGUUUUAUCCUGCUCGUUGGAGUCAUCACAACUACUGGGCCACUGCCCAUCCGCCCACCACCGGAAGACCCAGAACCAGAUGCUGACGGUGACCCAGAUCCUCCACUAUCUCCAAUAUCAUGAAGAUGAUGAUGGGUAGAGUAAAAUGUAAUUGCAUUUCGGCCACCACCAAAGCCUGGGGAGGAUCGACAAGCUGUAAAGAAAACUUCAUAUGCUGUCUCCCGGAUAUCGUCACGAUCGAUACCGAUGAGGUCUCCAAAAGGCCAGGUAAGGUCUGUCUCGGAAGGGUCAAUGGCGGUGGUGGCUGGACCGGAAAGGAGAGGACCAGAGAAGAAAUCUCGGGAGGUAUGGUGCGCCAUUUAAGUAGCAGAAACAACACACAAUGCAGAAUCUCUGGUCAGAUGUCCGGCGGGAGAGGGUAAGGAGAGAAGGUAUGCAUAAUUUUAAGAAAGCAAGAGAGGGAGAAAGAAAGAGAAAGGGACAAAAAGCAAUAGAGAAUAAGUGUGGGAUUUGUGGUGGUUUUGUUACAGUCAUUGCAUUGAGAGAGAGAGAGAGAGAGAGAGAGAGAGAGAGAGAGUUGAUGGCCAGGAGACAACGUUGUAUUGCGAGGAAAGCGAGGAAGAUAUGGUAGUGAAGAGAGCUCCAUUAUCCACAGACAUGAAUUAACAAAUGCUCUCUCCCGUCUAUUUCUGGAUUGCCAUUCUUUCCUUCUUAUUACACUGAUUUUUAAUU